AGCAAGACCGGACUGAAAAUAGAUUAUGUUAAGUUACUAAUUUACACCGGUAGCAGACAACCUACUCUCACCACGCGAUUGGCAAAAUGGCGGCUUCUGUGCGUGUUCUUCGUUCUACCUUAGCUUCUGCUGGCUCUUUUAAAUCUACCUAUCUUUCCUCAGCAAAAUGCUUUACUGCACAAUGUCAGAAUGGACGAUGGUUCUCUCAGACAGCUCGCUUCUUUGCUCAGCCUAUGAGUCAGAAAAAAACUUUUGUACGCUCAAAACCUCACAUGAAUAUUGGCACAAUUGGUCAUGUUGAUCAUGGGAAAACUACCCUUACUGCAGCCAUUACUAAAGUUCUUUCCGUUGACAAAAAUGCUAUUUUCAAGAAAUAUGAGGAAAUUGAUAAUGCACCUGAAGAGAAGUCUCGAGGAAUCACCAUUAACGCAGCUUGUAUAGAAUAUCAAACAGAAAACCGUCACUAUGGUCACGUUGAUUGUCCUGGCCAUGCAGAUUAUAUCAAGAACAUGAUAACUGGCACUGCUCAGAUGGAUGGUGCUAUCCUUGUAGUCGCUGCCACAGAUGGUACUAUGCCGCAGACACGGGAACAUUUGCUUUUGGCCAAACAGAUUGGCAUUACCAAACUGGUUGUCUUCAUCAACAAAGCUGAUGCCGCAGAUGAAGAAAUGUUGGAAUUAGUAGAGAUGGAAGUUCGUGAAUUACUGAGUGAAUUCGGAUUUGAUGGUGAUGAAACCCCUGUAAUAACUGGUUCUGCUCUUUCUGUCAUUGAGGGCAAAUCUCCUGAAAUUGGAGCUAAUAAAGUUAAAGAACUGCUUAAUGCUGUUGAUUCUUAUUUACCAACACCUGAGAGAGAUCUUGAUAAACCCUUCAACAUGUCCAUUGAAGGGACAUACUCCAUUGUAGGUCGUGGUACUGUUGUUAGUGGUCGAUUGGAAAGAGGUGUGUUGAAGAAAGGAGAUGAGUGUGAAAUUGUUGGCUAUGAUAAGAAAAUCAAAUCAACAGUUACAGGAAUUGAGAUGUUCCAUCAAACUCUUGGUAAAAGUGAAGCUGGAGAUCAGCUUGGUGCAUUAAUUCGUGGAGUGAAGCGUUACGAUGUUCGACGUGGCAUGUGCCUCUGCAAACCUAAUACUGUCAGCAUGUACAAUAAAAUUGAAGCCCAGAUCUAUCUGUUAACAAAAGAUGAAGGAGGGCGUUCCAAACCAUUUACAAACUAUUUCCAAACACAGAUCUUCAGCCGAACUUGGGACUGUCCAAGUUUUAUGUUGUUAGACCAAAGUAAAGACAUGAUGAUGCCCGGUGAAGAUGGGAAAGUUGUUUUCAACCUCUUCAAAAAAAUGGCGCUUGAGAAAGGACAACGCUUCACAUUAAGAGCAUCUGGAGUGACACUUGGAUUUGGUGUAAUCAGUGACGUUCUGCCUGAUUAUGACCCAGCAGAAAUGGAUAAGAAAUUACGGCAAAAAGACAAAUGAACAUUGUAAGAUCAAAUGUGGAAGAUAAUCAUUACAAAAUACAAAAAAGGGAGAUGGAUGACAACUCAAAUAACAACUGUUUAGGGUAUCAUUUUUCAGUGUAGUGUACACCAAAUUCAUUAAACAUUGCAAUAAAGUUUGAUUUUUUUUAUAAACUA